ACAACCAGUCUAUACUGCAUGGUCAGUUCGUACGUACACCGAUAUCCACAAGUUGUUAAAAUGCCGUCGGCGUCGGAGGUGCUGAAGUUGGUGGGGGUGGGUGUGGUUGGUCUCACCCUCGGCAUCGAGUGGUUGCGCUGGCUCUACCGACGCCUGAAGCCCGCUGCUCGGGUCACCGAGGUGCUCUUCUUCCCCUGCGAGUCCAGUUGUGUGGAGAGACUGUUUGCUUCAGGAGAUGCAUCCAAACAACCUUGCCCGUGUGGUAUGUCUCACAGCCUGAAGGACGACUCGUUUUCCCGGCUGCUGUUCCACCUGUUGUCGGCGCGCGUCUCCCUGGACGUGUGUGUGUUCAGCUUCUCCAACAUGGAGCUGAGCCGCGCUGUGCUUCACCUGCACGCCAGGGGCGUGUGCGUGCGCGUCAUCGUCGAUCGCGACUACAUGUACAUCACUGGAUCACAGAUAGGAAUGCUGCGGAAAGCAGGCGUCCCCGUGCGUCACGAGCUGAGCCGGGCGGUCCACAUGCACCACAAGUUCGCUGUGGUGGACGGGCGCCUGCUGGUCUGCGGCUCCCUCAACUGGACGAUGACGGCGGUGCAGUCCAACCAGGAGAACCUGCUGGUGACCGACGACCCGGCCGUGGUGGCGCCCUACCGCGGCCAGUUCCAGCGCCUGUGGUUGGCCAACGACCCCGCCCGUCACAAGGUGCUGCCCGUCCACGACAGCCACCAGAAGGGCAGAGCGCGGAACGGUGGACCAAUGAUGUUCAAGUGCCAUGACUGGAAGAGCGAAGAGCUCAGCCAGGAAGCUAAAGAAGGCGGGCUUUAAGGAUUUGUUUUUUUUUUAUGUUAGUAGUUAGCUACUAUAUGGUAUUGUAAAUGUUUUAGUUUUAAUAGGAAAGGGUAUUUUUUUUUUUUU